CUCCGAUCGACUAGCCGGCGUUGGAAGCCACGCCACCGCCGCCGCCAUGAUCGCCACGGCGGCGCUGCCGCCCGCCGCGCGCUCGGCGGAGGCGCUCGCCGCGGAGGUCGGCGGCCACGCCCACGCGGCGGCGGACGAGCUGCGGGGGCUCGCGCGGAGGCUCGACGCCGUGGGGGCGGCCGCGGCGGGGGCCGAGGCGAGGGAGGCCCGCGACGCCGGCGCCAGGGCGUGGCUGCGGGAGAUUCUCGACGCGCUGUACGAGCUCGGGGACGCCCGCGACGACUUCCGCCGCGCCGCGGACGCCGCCGCCAGGCCCAGGAGGCAGCAGGAGGAGGGACGGAGAUCGUUUCUCCACUGGUUUACGAUACCACCAAACCUUUAUGGGAUGCGAUACAAGACUUUAAAAACCAGUAUCAACAGUCUGAAUAUGAAAAUGGAUGGCAUUUUACAGAAGGGCUCUGAAUUAGGUCUUCUACCAAUCGAUCAGGAGAUCCUGAAUGAAAGGUCUGAAAUCUCUUUGGAAGUGAUACCUGAUGAUUACAUUGUGGGUGACAUUGAAAAUGAAGCAAACAAAUUGAUUGAUAUAUUGACAGACAGGAAAAGUGCGAAGACACUUGUUGCCAUAGUUGGUGGUAGUGGAACAGGCAAAACUACACUGGCAUGGAAGAUACAUGAUGAUCAUCGCACAAGAAAUGCUUUUGGUAUGAUCGUGUGGGUUAGUGUUUUCAAUGACUUUGAUGAUAUUGGAUUGUUGUCUGCAAUUGUAACUGCUGCUGGCGGAAAUCCUAAAGAAGCAAAAAACAGGACGCAGCUUGAGUUAAUGCUGGCUUCCAUGCUUAAAGGAAAGAGAUUCUUGCUGGUGCUUGAUGAUGUGCGGGGUCAUCAAAUUGAAGAAAAUUCCCUAGAAGCUCAUUGGCAUGUUUGUGGUCAUGGAAGUAGAAUUUUGAUCACUACUCGAGAUGAGAAUGUUGCAACAAAACUAAAUGCUUCUUACAUCCACCAGGUAAAGGAAUUGAGUUUUCAGAACUGUUGGUCCCUGCUUUGCUGUAAUGCAUGCCUUGAUGAGAACCUUCAUGGAAACACUUUAAGGAAUAUAGGGAUAAUGAUUAUCCAAAAGUGUAAGAAGAUUCCAAUGGCUGUUAAGAUUAUCGGCGCUGUUCUAAGAAGAAAGGAGCAAACCCAAGAAUCCUGGCAGAGAGUUUAUGAGUUUGAAGGAUGGUCUUUUGAUGACCUUCGGGGUGAUGUUCAAGGCUUAACUGGGGCCAUAUAUUUGGGCUACCAUGAUUUGCCGUCUCAUCUGAAACAAUGUCUUCUUUAUUUAUCACUCUUUCCUGAAGGCUCUACCAUCAGGCAGCAGUUUGUUACUCAACUGUGGAUUUCAGAAGGUUUGAUUGAUCGACAAGAUGACUGUAGUGCUGAAAAGAUCGCAGAGGAGUAUUAUGAGGAGUUGAUAUCAAGAAAUUUUCUGCAGCUGGAGACUGGAAAUCGCGAUAUAACUAGGUGCACAAUGCAUGAUCAAAUUAGAUCCUUUUUGCAGUUCUUUGUUAAAGAUAAAAUUUGCUCUGGUGAAGUGAAACCUGGCACCAAUGGAACUUCUAGUGAAGGACUGAGACAUGUGUGGAUUAGCGGCACCAGUACAACAACUAACCUCGAAGAAACUGUGACCAGCUUGAAGACAGUUAUUCUCUACAAGAACCCAUUGAGAAAUCAAGGGUUAGACAAGCUAUUUAAGGGGCUCAAAUAUUUGCAUGUGCUGGACCUUGGUGGUACUGAAAUUAGGUACAUCCCAAGGACACUGGAAUUUCUUGUUCACCUUAGGCUCCUAAAUCUUUCAUUAACCCGAAUUACAGAACUUCCAGAGUCCAUUAGUUAUCUCAGAAAUCUACAAUUCUUGGGUCUCCGGUACUGCAAUUGGCUACACACCCUUCCGAAGGGAAUUGGCAACUUGCAUAGAUUACAAACUCUCGAUCUUCGAGGGACUAGUUUGCAUCAAGUCCUGCCAAGUUUGGUAAAUCUGAAGCAGCUCUCUACGCUGCACGGUUUCACAGUAAAUCGAACACCCAUACCUGAGGAUGAUCCGAGUGGGUGGCCUCUUGAAAACCUAAAAGAUUUGAAUGCAUUGAGAAGCCUGCAGAUACUGAAGAUGGAAAAAGUAUCAGACUUUUCAAGGGUGAAAGAAGCAAUGCUAGAGAUGAAAUCUCAACUUAAGGACCUUGAAAUAUGUUGUAGCAAUGAUGAUAGACUGGCUGAAGCACGAGAGGAUGAUUCUAGGACGCUGAAACAGAUAUUUGAUUCACUUUCUCCUCCACAGUGUCUGAAAUCUCUCAAAAUAGUGAGCUAUUAUGCAAGACACUUUCCCAAUUGGCUUCCUUGCCUCACAAAUCUCCAGCGGCUUGUUCUUAGUGAUUGCAAAUUCUGUGAGCAUAUGCCUGACCUGUCCAAGCUAAAUCAACUGAAGUUCCUUACCAUAACUGGAUGCUCUAAGUUGCUUACAGUGGAGCAAGAGUCCACAGGUGUCACACAGGCAUUUCCCAAGUUGGAGCAGUUGCACCUCAAAGAUAUGCCAAAGCUAGUAUCAUGGAUAGGAUUUGCAUCUGGUGAUAUGCCCUCCCUUGUGAAAUUUUGUCUCGAAAGUUGUCCCAAGUUGAAGUGUCUCCCAGAAGGCCUCAAGUACUCCAGAGUCCUAAGAAGUGUGCAAAUACGACAUGCUGAUAGCCUUGAGGUCAUUCAGGACUUACCUGUGCUAAAAGAAUUGAAUGUCCAAGCCUGCAAUGAGCUCAAGAUAGUCUCAAACCUUCCAUUACUCGAAGUGUUAACAAUCCGCAGAUGCCCUAGAUUGGAUGAUGUCAGUGGUGUUCACUAUCUAAGUCAUGUCUGCAUCACAGAUAAAGAACUGAGGAAAUUACCAGAUUGGUUGUCAAUACAUGCACCAGUGCUUCAGACAUUCAAUAUAGUCGGCGUAUCAGAAUUGCUUGAUAGAUUACUUCCCAAUGGUGAAGACUGGGAAAUCAUUCGUCAAAUUGACAAAGUUUAUGCUAACUUACUUGAUGAAUCACCAUUCUUCACUUACACAAAGAGCUCUGGUGAUUUCCAUGUCGAUCAAAGAAUUGGAGAAAUAAACAAACCACCUGUUGUGUUAGGACAUGGAACUGCAGUCGGAGGCUUGAGCAUUCCUGAUCACUCUGUUGAGAUAAGCUCUCAAAUUGGUGUGUCUAGAGUACCUAUGAACCGAAUAUCCACACUGAGGUGGGUCGUAAGGAGUUACCUUGUUCCGUACCUUAUCAUGGUUAUGGUUGUUAUGCAAUUUCUUUCGUAUUAUCUACACAACAGGUCAACUAGGGAGAUCUGGCUGGUUCAGACCCUUUUCAUCUUCUUCGCGACAGUGUUUUUGCUUCUGCUUGUAUUUCUGGACUGAUGGUUUUCUCCUACCAAAAUUGGAGAGAUGAGACCAGUGAAGAAACAGAGUUUUUUUUUCUACCAUAAUUGGGAAAAUGAGACAGCUGGCCCAAGAGACAGAUAGUUACAAUGAACUUCAUAAUAGUGGGCAUAAUCAUGUAUCUCCUACAGUUGGGGGUGUGCUGCAAUUGAUUCAUGCUUGCUUGGUGGAAGGAAACAAUGAAAACAGUGCCUUCAACAACAAAAAUCAAGAGAAAUGUUGCCUCAAAUAUUGAAGUUGUGAUGUGAGAUUUGUUAAUAAAAGGGUGCAAUAUCUUAUUGUCAUUCUUAAAUGAGCCAAGAAAAACAGAUUCUGCCAGCCUCUCGCAGUUGGUUUGAUUAGUUGUAUACUUGUAUUGUAUUGUUGUAUGCACAGUUUAGGUUAUAGUGCUCUUUCAUAUAUAGUUUGUAGUGUUUGACUUGCCCUUUUUCAAAGAGAUCAUAGGGGGUUGUGAUGCCUACAGAAAUUGAUUUGUUUUGUUUAGGGCACAGAAAUUGAUUUGUUGUAUAUUUGUAUACAAAAAUAAGGGUGAAUAAACAAUUUGUUCCUCCCAAGUUUAGCUCAGGGAUGAAUUUGGUCUCACAUAUUUGGACAAAAUAGAGCAUUAAGAGUCAAAUUGACUAUGGUGCAAAACUUAGGGGGGAAUAAAUUAGCCAUUCUCCCUAAAAAUAAAACAAAACCAUGGAGAGCCUUGCAAUUAA